CACCGUUGAAAGAUUUUGCAGAUUUGGCCUGCAGAUUUCACAUUUCGGAAACAAAAUCAAAUUGUGUGUUUACAAAUGACAGAUUAGCAGAAUGUCAGACGAGGAUAAACCGUUUGUGUGCUCACAGCCAGACUGCGGAAUGCAAUUUACCAAUGAAGACCAUUUGGCAGUACAUAUGAGAAAACAUGACAUGUCAUUGGCAUUAAACCUCACACAAGGGGGUUUGUCCCCUCUUGGACUUGGACUGUUCACUGACCAAACUCCAACCCCCACGAAAUUCCUGAAGAACUGUGAAGAACUUGGCCUGUUUCAGGAACUAAGUAAAAAUCCAUUUGAUGAUUCCUUCAAGAAAGCUAUGGAUGAUCCUAUUGACACUGUCAACAGUCUGCAUUUACCAGGAACAGACUGUGCUGAUUUGGACACGCCCCAGCCUACUAUACCAAAGAUCUUGGUUGGUGGAGAGGAGAUCCACGAGAACAGGAAACUUCAAGACAAACCCAAGGACCUCACUAUGUCAUCCAUUGUACCGAAAAAGAGAAAGUUCCUCUGUCAGAGUUUACCAACAUCCACAACUUCCGAGGAUGAGGAAGAAGCAGUGAUUGGUUCCUCUUCUACAGAAUUGAAUGGUUCUGGUGAAAAUAUUGUUACAAAUAGUGUACCAGUCGAAGUUAGUAGCAGUGUACCAGUCCAGUCCCCACAGAAUGUCACCCAGAUGGCUGAAAGUUUCCAUUCCCCACAGAAUGUCAGCCAGAUGGCGGAAAGUUUCCAUUCCCCACAGAAUGUUGCCCAUAUGCCUGAAAGUUCUCCACGUAGUGUAGCAGAACCUUUGUAUUCUCCACAAGCUGUUAGCACCUCAGGAAAUAACACUGUGUUAACUGUUGAUGAUGACAAUGAUAAAAACUUUGCGUCUGUUAUUGGAAGUUCAAAUGCCGGAAGUAUAAACAUUACAAGUGUACCAAUUUCCAGUGUUCCGGUUGGAAAUAAACAUGCUUUGGCUGCCAGCCCUCUGAUGGUUCAAGUCCUGUUACAGUUACCAGGUGGUCAGGUGGUGCCAGUUCAAGUUCCAGCUUCAAAUGUAGCAACCAGUCAGCCGGUGGUGCAGAAACCUCAACCCCAACAGAUCCAGCUAAUUAGGCCAGCCAUCCAACCACAGCCUGGAGUUAAUAAUUUGACUCAAAACUCACCAACCAUGAUCUUAGCAGGAAACACUUUAUUUCAAACAGGCCAAAAUUUUCAGACAGUCACCCCUGGUGGGCUUAUUCAAAACACUGUGCCAUUGACUGUGAAAUCUCCACAGCAGACCAAUAAUGCUCAGACUGGUUUACAAACUGUUUUGAAUCAGUCUGCCACUCAUCCCAAAUUACAGGCUGUGCUUAACCAGUCUGUUUCUCAACCAGCUCUACAAACUGCCUUAAACCAGUCAUUGACAGGAAGUGCAUUUCAAGCUGCAGCCCAGUCUGCUUUAAGAACAAUUCUAGUGACGAACAAACAGACCGGUAUACAAACAACUCCUUCCGUAAAUAAUACAGCACAGAUACUACAGAAUGCCAUAACUGUGAACCAGACCAACACAAAACCCCCUCAGAAAGUUGUCCUACCAGGGAGUCAGUCAUACACCAAACAGAGAUUGAAAGCAGCAAUUCAACAGCAGACGACACCAAGCAAUCAGAAACUGUUCUAUGGAGGGGAGGUAAAAAGUGAGCCACAGUGGUCUCCGGGUGCUGUCAGUUCCUCAGCAACCGUUUCCUCUCCCGAAGCUGGCUUAUCACCAGGUGCAUCAGUGUCGUACAACAGUGGUGAACUAAGUACAUCUGAGAGCACAGAUGUUGAAAUGAAGAGGGAGAAGUUUCUAGAGAGAAACAGGGCUGCUGCAGCAAGGUGUCGACAGAAGAGAAAGCAUUGGGUACAGACUCUGGAAAAAAAAGCUGAUGAUCUGUCCUCGGUCAAUAAUAAAUUAUGUUCAGAAAUCAAGAAAUUACGUGGCGAAGUAGCAAAUUUGAAAACAUUGCUGUUGGCACAUAAAGAUUGUCCGGUUACUAUGCAACAAAGGUCACAAGGUCAGCUUGGGACUGAAAUGAUGUCUUUGGGUAGUGAUUUAAAUGAUGUCACACCUCUUAAUAUUGAAGAAUACACUGAUAUGCAGGCUGUGUCUGAAGAUUCUGCUGCAAUUAAUCACCAGCCUACAAUUACUACAAUGGACCAGUCUGGAUCAACAAUUCCUGGUACUGUUGGACUGGUUCAUGGGGACCAAGUUGUGAUAAAACCAGUCAGUGUAAUAACAGGAUUGAACUCACUCGGGUUAAUUCCAAAGAUCGUGAAUCUGGACCAGAGUAUUCAGAAAACAAGUUCAGGUUCUUGAUGAUAUUAUAUGGCUCACUGUUUGGGGCCUUAAAUUAUUAUUGUUUUAACUUGCCUGAGGUAGGAACUCAGGCAAGUUUUUGUGAUCGUCCUUUGUUCGAGGAAUAUCUUUAAAAGCCCUUUAACUGUUUUGGGGCUUUAAGUUAUUAGUGCUUUAGCCUGCCUGAAGUAGGAACUCAAGCAAGUUUUGUGAUCAUCCUGUGUUUGAAGAAUAGCUUUAAAUCUUUGACUGUUUGUGGGCAUUUAGAUUAAUGCUUUAGCCAUCCUGAGGUAUAUAUAGUAACUCGGGCAAGUUUUUGUGAUCGUCUUUUGUCCGCAGAAUAUCUUUCAGAAACCCUUUGACUGUUUUUAGCCAUUAAGUUUUUAAUGAUAAAGCCUGCCAGAGGUAGAACCUCAGGCGUUAGGCAAGUGUUUGUGAUCAUCUUUUGUUGAAAGAAUACCGCUUUGGCUGUUUCUGAGCUUUAAAUAACUAAUGUUUUAGCCUGCCUGAGGUAGGAACUUUGGCAAGCUUUUGUGAUUGUUUUUUGUUCGUAGAUCAUCUUUUUUUAAAAGUCUGUCCACUUAGCUCAGUAGGUAAAGCUCAGAGCUAUGAAUUUUGAUCCCAGGGGGUGGCGUAUCUUCUCCAUGAUAAUGUGACAAAAGAUUGAUUCAGUAGUUAAAGUAAUAUAACUUGUUAGAACAAUUUUAUAAGUAGGUUUUUCAUCAAUACAGUAUCCGAAAUAACAUUACAUCUAUGUAUACUAGACAAAACAACAAAUGUGCAGAAACUGAUUUUGUUAGCGGUACGGCCAGUCCACACGUGCAUAACUCAUUCAGUAUUUGGAUAUUGCAUAGAUUAAGAUCUACAGGUUUUUGUUUUUUUUUAACAUAUUUUGCACAGUAGUCAAAACAUUAUACUUGCUUUUCUUAAAAAGCAAACAACAACAAAAGUUUACCAUGAAAUGGAAAUACAACAGUGUACUACAGAACUACAUGAAGAUUAUUCGACACCCAUAAGUGAAAUAGCCUUUAUUAUGUUUACUAGAUACAGAAUA